GCGAGAGAGAUAGGGGACUCGGCGAUGGCAGGAACCAUGGUGAGUGGAGUUAGACCGACUAAAGAGAAGCUGAGGCUUUGCCGUGAUAUUGGAUUGGUGCUGAAAGCAGAGCGUUGCACACACUGAAACCUGAAAGGCUCCCUAAAUCAAGACAGAGAGAGAAGCUUUAGAGAACUGCGCCUUUUUUCCACAGAAGUCAGUAGUUUCAUCUUGACAACGCAGAAUAGAAACAUCUUACACUCCAUCACAACAUUGUGGAAGAGUCAGAAGCGAGCCCGAGGAGAGGCUCUCCGUGGUUUUCUUUCAGGUCGUCCUUGGGGAAUGUUGACGAGCUUCUGGAAACCGCUGUCUGAGAGUCCGCAGCCUUCCCCUGAUCUCGUACAAGAUGCCAGUGAUGAAGGGCCUCCUUGCUCCACAAAACACCUUCUUGGAAACCAUUGCAAACCACUUUGAUGGCACUCAUAGUAACUUCCUGCUGGGAAAUGCUCAGGGGCGUCACGGCUACCCCAUCGUGUACUGCUCUGAUGGGUUUUGUGAGCUGACCGGCUUUGUACGGACUGAAGUGAUGCAGAAAACUUGUACGUGCGGCUUCCUCCAUGGAGCCGAGACCAAUGAGAGUGUCGUCCAACAGGUACACAAGGCUCUGGAGGGCCAGCAGGAGUACCAGGGAGAAGUCUGCUUCUGCAGGAAAAAUGGAAAUACAUUUUGGUGCCUCCUUGAUAUUGUGCCAAUUAAAAAUGAGAAAGGAGAGGUGGUGCUCUUCCUCUUGUCCUUCAAAGACGUCAGUGAAUCAUAUGGGAAAAGCCAUCUCUUCAGCCAAGCAGACGGUACGUCAGAGGCUGCUCACCAGAGCAGGAAAACCAAUCGUUCGCACUUUUCCCAAGCUCGAGAGAGGGGGAGGACUAUUCUGCACCACCUUACCAACCAGUUCACCAAGAGGGGCAAGAGAAAACUGCCCGAUAGUGUGUUUCAGAAACCGUCUCUACCCGAGUACAAGGUGGCAGCUGUGAAGAAGUCACGUUUCAUCCUGCUGCACUACAGCAUCUCCAAGGCCUUGUGGGACUGGCUGAUUCUACUGGCGACCUUCUACGUUGCUGUCGCUGUGCCUUAUGACAUCUGCUUUGUCAGUCACGAUCAGGGCGGCGACUAUCACUCACUUGUCAACCGAAGCACCAUCGGCAGUGACAUCGUGGUGGAGAUGCUCUUCAUACUCGAUAUCAUCCUGAAUUUCCGUACCACCUACGUGAGUCAGUCGGGUCAGGUGGUGUACGACGCCCGUUCCAUCUACCUCCAUUACUGCACCACUUGGUUCUUUGUGGAUCUGAUCGCAGCGCUGCCCUUUGAUCUUCUCUAUGCUUUCAACAUCACUGUGACCUCGCUGGUGCACCUGUUGAAGACGGUUCGUCUGCUGCGUCUGCUGCGCCUGUUACAGAAGCUGGAUCGCUACUCCCAGUACAGUGCUGUGGUCCUGACCCUGCUCAUGUCUGUGUUUGCUCUGCUGGCUCACUGGAUGGCUUGUGUCUGGUACGUCAUCGGACGCAAGGAGAUAGAGAGCAGUAACCCCGUUACCUGGGAAAUAGGCUGGCUUCAAGAGCUGGGAAAGCGUUUGGAGACCCCAUACAUCAACAGCACCAGGGGUGGCCCCUCCAUCCCUAGCGCCUACAUCGCCUCUCUCUACUUCACCCUCAGUAGCCUCACCAGCGUCGGUUUUGGCAACGUGUGUGCCAAUACAGAUGCCGAGAAAAUCUUCUCCAUCUGCAUUAUGCUCAUGGGCGCCCUGAUGCACGCAGUGGUCUUCGGCAACGUGACGGCCAUCAUCCAGCGCAUGUACUCACGGCGCUCUCUCUACCACACCCGAAUGAAGGAUCUCAAGGACUUCAUCCGUGUGCACCGGCUCCCUCAGCUGCUGAAGCAGAGGAUGUUGGAGUACUUUCAGGCCACUUGGUCUGUUAACAAUGGCAUCAACGCCAAUGAGCUGCUGCAUGACUUCCCAGAUGAACUGCGAGCUGACAUCGCCAUGCACCUGAACAAAGACAUCCUGCAGCUGCCUGUGUUCGAGCGAGCCAGCAGAGGGUGUCUGCGCUCCCUCUCCCUGCACAUCAAGACUUCUUUCUGUGCGCCCGGGGAAUACCUCAUACGCCACGGAGAUGCACUACAAGCAGACUAUUUUGUCUGCUCUGGCUCCCUGGAGGUUCUGAAAGAUGGCAUGGUCCUGGCCAUCCUGGGCAAAGGUGACCUUAUUGGGGCUGAUCUCCCGGAACACGACCAGGUGAUCAAGACCAAUGCAGAUGUGAAGGCGCUGACCUACUGUGACUUGCAGUACAUCAGUGUUAAGGCUUUGAGGGAGGUCCUUGGGCUGUACCCCGAGUACGGCAGCCGGUUCAGCUCCGACAUCCAUCACAACCUCACCUACAACCUGAGAGAGGGCAGUGAACCUGACGGAGUAUCAAAAUGUCCAUGGUCUUCCAGGCUGCCUCAGGGCCGUACUUCUAUGGACCAUAAACUGCCCUAUAUUGUUGAGGCAGAUGAAGAUUCCGAACGUGGAGAAGACAUGAGACUCUCUCAGCAGAGGAGAGUGCCUCUGUUACAAGGAUUAGGCAGCCCUGUUCGUCAGCCCUGCCUCAGCACCCUGUUAGGAGAGGAGCUCCGCCACAUCAACGCACUCCGCAUCUGUCGGUCACCCGUUCAGGGCGGCAGAGGCCACAGCCCCACUCCUCAGCCAUUCGCCAAUCAGGAGCUCUCACUUUCUGCUUUGCCCAGUGUUAUCAGUGACCCAAACUUGAACCAUCGGCCUGCCAAUCUGCUCAUGCCAUCCUUGUCUUGUGUUAGUCCAUUGGACCUUAGCCCCAGGGUCGUGGAUGGAAUUGAGGACAAUGGUCACACAUUUCAAUUUAAUGUAGAGCAGAGCGAGACAAAGUCUAAUGUAACAGACCGGUUCCAGGUGAGUGCGAACCUGAUUCUGGAGACGGAGGAAGUGAGACAGAACAUCAGCAAACUGAACAAAGAGGUGGGCAACUUGAACCAAGAAGUAUCCAACCUGGCCAAAGAGCUCCACGACAUAAUGCAUUUCCUCCAGUCUCAUAUGGCCAUGCUCCAUACCCCUCCAGUCUCCUCGUACUCCUGUGGCAUACAGAUGGUUCCCAGUCCUAGUGUGACAUCUUCCAGCAACUGGCAGCCCCACGCCCCUUUAAAUAUCGCCACGGGUCUGCACCUCCAUCAUGAAACAAUUAGCCAUCCUGCCAGAAAUGUGUGGGGCUGCAGUGGGAUGCCCACCCAGGGCAGUAGUCCCACCUUGCUGCACUCUUCAAGCCCUGCGUCAUCCUGUUUAGGCCUGUGCUGCUCUGAGCGAGAAGGGGCCGCAGCCCAUAGGUUACAGUGCCAGUGUGGCCCCUUCCGAACCUCGAGAACAACUCCCAACUCUCCCUACAUGACCCACUCGCAUGCCCGGGGAGGUGCAUCCCUCCUGGGCCUCAGCUCUGCCUUCAGCAGCAUCCCAGUGGUUUGUCACGCCCCACAUGUGCCGUACAAUGCCUCUAUUCCCACAAUGAGCAACUCUCACCCUCUCUGUUCCCCAGUAAAUUCUGCCUACGCUCAUCCAUCUCUGAGUGUUCAACCCAACUCUGCUCCCACACAUAAUCAGACCAACUCCCAGACACCCAUCCAUUCCUCCGUCACUUACUCUGGCCAGCCGCAGUAUCGCACUGCCUUCAGCCCCCUCACCCCUUCAGCAGUCCACACUUCAACAUGCAUAGCACACAACCAGAGCCAACAGGGCUCUAUCAAUGCCCCCAGGCAAAAUGACCCCGUAGGAUGCAGCCCUGUCCACACACAGGACCUUGCAUGUUCGCUGCUGAGCCAGGUGACAGAUAGAGACUGUAGAGCUUCACUGUAUCAAGAGAGGACAGACAGUCUUGAAUCUCAGAAUACGAGCAGCAAUAGUCCAACUGUAGAAGUUCAAUCACCUCGCUUGGAUGUGGAGGGAAUGCAAAGCCCACAGUGAUGACCUCAGUGUCUUGUUGUGAUGGAUAAUGCACAGCGGCCUGCUCAUUAUUGUGAAAUAAACCACGACCGGCUGAGCAGGUCAUGCGAAAUAACACGCACACUGUGUAUUAGCCUGCUUUUCACACAGAUACUACAAGAAUUAAUAUUUUGACUCAACAUAUAUGAUUUAAAACUGAUUUUAUUGCUGCUAAAAAAAUAGUCCUUUGCUGUGCACGGACAUCAGAGCUGCGUUCAUAGCAGCGGUCUGCUAAUAACAGACCAUAUCGCCCCUUAACUUACCAAUCAGAGUCGAUCAGGCUAUUCAACAAAGCUGUGUAAUAAUGGAUGAUAAUGAUGACUUAAUUGUACCUUCAAAAUGGCAAUCUCAGAGAUUUUCAUUAAAGUCAAUGUCUGUUAAGACACUAUCCAUCGCUAAAGGAAGUAGCACAUUGGUAAUUGAGCCUAUGGCCCACUGAUGAAAGUAUUGCAAUUUUUAUAUAUUUGCAGUAUAUUAAAAACUGUGUCUGCGGUGACAUUUCUGGAAAAAAUACCGUAUUGCAGUUUUUUCUCCGUUGUAUACACCCACAAAAAAAACAAUUCUGAAAAAUUGAAGCUCAUUUAUCAGCAAAGACAAUUUCAUAGUUUUCACUCAAAUAGAAGAAAUCUGCCACUUUAAAGACUUUUGGUGUACAGUUUCCAUUGAGUAAUGCUCCCUGCCCAAAUGCACAAACAACUGCUGAAGUUUUACUGCC